CAGUCGCCUCCAGUCGCCCGCAGGGUCCGAACGCGCUGCUCGGAAGGAAGCCGGCGACCGCGGGCGCCCCGCCGCGCGGGCAGCCUCGGGACAAUGGGGACAAUGGGCCCGCGGCGCCUGCUGCUCGUCGCCGCCGGCCUCAGCCUGUGCGGUCCCUUGCUGUCUUCCCGCGUCCCCGCGCGCCAGCCAGAAUCCGAGAGGACAGAUGUCACUCUGAACCCGCGCUCGUUUUUUCUCAGGAAUCCCAGUGAAAACGUGUUUGAGCAGGUGCCCUUUGGGGACGAGGAGGAGAAAAAUGAAAGUGUGUUGCCUGAGGGCAGGGCCAUCUACUUCAAUAAAAGCGGCUCUCCUCCCCCGUCACCUGCUCCCUUCAUCUCCAAAGAUGCCUCGGGAUACCUGACCAGCCCCUGGCUGACGCUCUUUAUCCCCUCGGUCUACACCUUUGUGUUCAUGGUCAGCCUUCCUCUGAACAUCCUGGCCAUCGCCGUGUUCGUCUUGAAGAUGAAGGUCAAGAAGCCGGCCGUGGUGUACAUGCUGCACCUGGCCGUGGCCGACGUGCUGUUUGUGUCCGUGCUCCCCUUCAAGGUCAGCUACUACUUUUCCGGCAGUGAUUGGCAGUUCGGGUCUGGAAUGUGCCGCUUCGCCACGGCGGCCUUUUAUUGUAACAUGUACGCCUCCAUCAUGCUCAUGACCAUCAUCAGCAUCGACCGGUUCCUGGCCGUCGUGUACCCCAUCCAGUCCCUGUCCUGGCGCACUCUCGGCCGAGCCAACCUCACUUGCCUCGCCAUUUGGGUGAUGGCCAUCCUGGGGGUGGUGCCUCUUCUCCUCAAGGAGCAGACCACCCGGGUUCCGGGGCUCAACAUCACCACCUGCCACGAUGUCCUCAACGAGACCCUGCUACAAGGCUUUUACUCCUAUUACUUCUCGGCCUUCUCCACCGUCUUCUUUCUGGUGCCGUUGAUCAUUUCCACCGUCUGCUAUGCGUCCAUCAUUCGGUGCCUGAGUGCCUCCGCCGUUGCCAACCGGAGCAAGAAGUCCCGGGCUUUGUUCCUGUCCGCUGCUGUGUUCUGCAUCUUCAUCGUCUGCUUUGGACCCACCAACAUCCUCCUCAUCGUGCACUACCUGCUCCUCUCUGACAACCCCGCCACAGAGGCGGCCUACUUUGCUUACCUGCUCUGCGUCUGCGUGAGCAGCGUGAGCUGCUGCAUCGACCCCUUGAUUUACUACUACGCCUCCUCUGAGUGCCAGAGGCACCUCUACAGCAUCUUGUGCUGCAGAGAAAGCUCCGAUCCCAACAGUUACAACAGCACCGGCCAGCUGAUGCCCAGUAAAAUGGAUACCUGCUCGAGUCACCUGAGUAACAGCAUCUACAAAAAGCUGUUGGCUUAGGGGGAAAGGGUUGCUGGAAGGUUACACAGAACAAGGUUGGAAACGCGGAGAGCCCGGGAAUCCUGUUAGUCUCUGGCAAGAACUAUAUUUACUUCACCACCUAAAGCAGCCAAUGUCUAAUUUGCAUGCCUACUUCUUGCAAGUGCUGUCAAGCAUAAUACCAGGAAGGUAAUGGGAACCAGAGACAGAUUUCCAAGGUUGCCAGUGCUGCGAUCGUAACUGACUGUCACUUCUUAUAUGUCUAGGUGACCUAAAUAUAUAGGUGGUGUGCACACACAUAUUUGCAAUGCAGUAUAAAAUCAGCGCUUGACACUUUCUUGUUUAUUCCCCAGCAAUUACUAUGGAAAUAAUCUGAGAUUCUCUUACUUAAUAAACAAAGUCUGGUUUGGUGGAUGUUAGCACUGAACAGCUGAAGGUAUCUAAUGAUGGGAAGGGGUCCAUAGUUUAGACUUAACCUGGCUUUUGCCCAUAUAUAUUUUUUUUCCAAUGAUUUGAUGGUAAUGUUUAAGCAAUAGAAGGAUGAACCAGUACUAUCUGUGUAGGGGAA